CAGCCGGUGGGCUCGGCGGGGCUGCAGAAGGUCGGGGCUGCACUGCUCUCGGCCCCCACAUGGUUGGUUGCUUGGCGUGGUAAGUGCCCUGAUCCCUGGUCCUGAGAACUCAGGCUGGCACAGGGAUUCCCAGGGCAUCCACCACCACCCAGCUGGAGCCCAGGAACACGGAGAUGGACGCCCCCAGGCCCCCCAGUCUUGGUGUCCCUGGAGCAGCAUCGAGGCCCAGGAGAACUGUGGACAACGGAAGGCUGCGCCCCAUCCAUUGAGUUCCUGGGGCCCCACUGGAGGGGCUGCUGUGGCUAGGGUGCCCGGUCACAAAUGAAGACAUCAAGGUGCAGAGAGGUGACUCAGCCUACCCUCAGUCACCUAUCUGCUCCUGGAGGUGAUCCCCGACUCCAUGAAGAAGCAAGAGGUGCGGACGGGCAGGGAGGCCGGCCAGGGCCACGGCACGGGCUCCCCAGCCGAGCAGGUGAAAGCCCUCAUGGAUCUGCUGGCUGGGAAGGGCAGUCAAGGCUCCCAGGCCCCACAGGCCCCAGACAGGACACCGGACGCCCCGCUGGGGCCCUGCAGCAAUGACUCCAGGAUACAGAGGCACCGCAGGGCCCUGCUGAGCAAGGUGGGAGGUGUCCCGGAGCUGGGCAGACCCUGGCACAGGCUGGCCUCCCUCCUGCUGGUGGAGGGCCUGACAGACCUGCAGCUGAGGGAACACGACUUCACACAGGUGGAGGCCACCCGCGGGGGCGGGCGCCCCGCCAGGACCGUCGCCCUGGACCGGCUCUUCCUGCCUCUCUCCCGGGUGUCUGUCCCACCCCGGGUCUCCAUCACUAUCGGGGUGGCUGGUAUGGGCAAGACCACCCUGGUGAGGCACUUUGUCCGCCUCUGGGCCCAUGGGCAGGUCGGCAAGGACUUCUCGCUGGUGCUGCCUCUGACCUUCCGGGAUCUCAACACCCACGAGAAGCUGUGUGCCGACCGACUCAUCUGCUCGGUCUUCCCGCAUGUCGGGGAGCCCAGCCUGGCGGUGGCAGUCCCAGCCAGGGCCCUCCUGAUCCUGGACGGCUUGGAUGAGUGCAGGACGCCUCUGGACUUCUCCAACACCGUGGCCUGCACGGACCCCAAGAAGGAGAUCCCGGUGGACCACCUGAUCACCAACAUCAUCCGCGGCAACCUCUUUCCGGAAGUUUCCAUCUGGAUCACCUCCCGUCCCAGUGCGUCUGGCCAGAUCCCAGGGGGCCUGGUGGACCGGAUGACGGAGAUCCGGGGCUUUAAUGAGGAGGAGAUCAGGGUGUGUUUGGAGCAGAUGUUCCCCGAGGACCAGGCCCUCCUGGGCUGGAUGCUGAGCCAAGUGCAGGCUGAUAGGGCCCUGUACCUGAUGUGCACCGUCCCAGCCUUCUGCAGGCUCACGGGGGCGGCGCUAGGCCACCUGUGGCGCAGCAGGACGGGGCCCCAGGAUGCAGAGCUGUGGCCCCCGAGGACCCUGUGUGAGCUCUACUCAUGGUACUUUAGGAUGGCCCUCAGCGGGGAGGGGCAGGAGACGGGCAAGGCAAGCCCUCGCAUCGAGCAGGUGGCCCAUGGUGGCCGCAAGAUGGUGGGGACAUUGGGCCGGCUGGCCUUCCAUGGGCUGCUCAAGAAGAAAUACGUGUUUUACGAGCAAGACAUGAAGGCGUUCGGUGUGGACCUCGCUCUGCUGCAGGGCGCCCCGUGCAGCUGCUUCCUGCAGAGGGAGGAGACACUGGCAUCGUCGGUGGCCUACUGCUUCACCCACCUGUCCCUGCAGGAGUUUGUGGCAGCCGCGUAUUACUAUGGCGCGUCCAGGAGGGCCAUCUUCGACCUCUUCACUGAGAGUGGCGUAUCCUGGCCCAGGCUGGGCUUCCUCACACAUUUCAGGAGCGCAGCCCAGCGGGCCAUGCAGGCAGAGGACGGGAGGCUGGACGUGUUCCUGCGCUUCCUCUCCGGCCUCUUGUCUCCAAGGGUCAAUGCCCUCCUGGCCGGCUCCCUGCUGGCCCAAGGCGAGCACCAGGCCUACCGGACUCAGGUGGCUGAGCUCCUGCAGGGCUGCCUGCGUCCCGAUGCCGCAGUCUGUGCACGGGCCAUCAACGUCCUGCACUGCCUGCAUGAGCUGCAGCACACAGAGCUGGCCCGCAGCAUGGAGGAGGCCAUGGAGAGCGGGGCCCUGGCCAGGCUCACCAGUCCCGCACACCGCGCUGCCCUGGCCUACCUCCUGCAGGUGUCUGACGCCUGUGCCCAGGAGGCCAACCUGUCCCUGAGCCUCAGCCAGGGCGUCCUUCAGAGCCUGCUGCCCCAGCUGCUCUACUGCCGGAAGCUCAGGCUGGACACCAACCAGUUCCAGGACCCCGUGAUGGAGCUGCUGGGCAGCGUGCUGAGUGGGAAGGACUGUCGCAUUCAGAAGAUCAGCUUGGCGGAGAACCAGAUCAGUAACAAAGGGGCCAAAGCUCUGGCCAGAUCCCUCUUGGUCAACAGAAGUCUGACCUCUCUGGACCUCCACGGUAACUCCAUUGGACCACAAGGGGCCAAGGCGCUGGCAGACGCUUUGAAGAUCAACCGCACCCUGACCUCCCUGAGCCUCCAGGGCAACACCAUCAGGGAUGAUGGUGCCAGGUCCAUGGCUGAGGCCUUGGCCUCCAACCGGACCCUCUCCAUGCUGCACCUGCAGAAGAACAGCAUCGGGCCCAUGGGAGCCCAGCGGAUGGCAGAUGCCUUGAAGCAGAACAGGAGUCUGAAAGAGCUCAUGCUCUCCAGUAAUAGUAUUGGUGAUGGAGGUGCCAAGGCCCUGGCUGAGGCCCUGAAGGUGAACCAGGGCCUGGAGAGCCUGGACCUACAGAGCAAUUCCAUCAGUGACGCAGGAGUGGCAGCACUGAUGGGGGCCCUCUGCACCAACCAGACCCUCCUCAGCCUCAGCCUUCGAGAAAACUCCAUCAGUCCCGAGGGAGCCCAGGCCAUCGCUCAUGCCCUCCGUGCCAACAGCACCCUGAAGAACCUGGACCUGACAGCCAACCUCCUCCACGACCAGGGUGCCCGGGCCAUCGCAGUGGCAGUGAGAGAAAACCGCACCCUCACCUCCCUUCACCUGCAGUGGAACUUCAUCCAGGCCGGCGCUGCCCAGGCCCUGGGACAAGCACUACAGCUCAACAGGAGCCUCACCAGCUUAGAUUUACAGGAGAACGCCAUCGGGGAUGAUGGAGCGUGUGCGGUGGCCCGUGCACUGAAGGUCAACACAGCCCUCACCGCUCUCUAUCUCCAGGUGGCCUCAAUUGGUGCUCCGGGCGCCCAGGUGCUAGGGGAAGCCUUGGCUGUGAACAGAACCUUGGAGAUUCUCGACUUAAGAGGAAAUGCCAUUGGGGUGGCUGGAGCCAAAGCCCUAGCAAAUGCUCUGAAGGUAAACUCAAGUCUCCGGAAACUCAAUCUUCAAGAGAAUUCCCUGGAGAUGGACGGGGCAAUAUGCGUUGCCACAGCACUGUCUGGAAACCACAGGCUCCAGCAUAUCAAUCUCCAGGGAAACCACAUUGGGGACUCCGGGGCCAGGAUGAUCUCAGAGGCCAUCAAGACAAAUGCUCCCACGUGCACUGUUGAAAUGUGAGCAAAAGGAGUUCCCGGUGGAUGGAGCAGGAGAAUGGGCAGAUACUCAGCUGGAAGCUUUUGAAAAGAAAGGCCGACUUCUGGGGGCCUGCCUGGGAGCUGGGAACGCUGCUCGCUCAGCACAAGAGCCGGGCUCUGCACGGAGGAAGGAGAGGUGCUGCCAGAAGAGGUCGUGAGCUCCUCUUCUGGUGCAGGAGUGGUCCAGGCAGGGGGCAACGGGUACUCUGUUAUGGCACAGAGAACGGAGGGGGCCACCACCAAGGGACUAGGGGACAAAGGCCUGAAAGCUCAGCAGUGCAGGAGGCUGGUUCCAGCUUUACACCCUGAGGACUUCACGUGCCCCCAACCUUUAAAAAUGUUUAUUAUUGCCCCUUUCCACUCACCUGGUUAAAAAUAAUCCCAUGCUCUUGAGAUGAGCUGCCACCUCAAGCCCAUGAGGAGCAUCCGUUUGGCAGGGGUAACAGAGGGGACCCUUCUUUAUUUUCUCAAGAAGGUUUUAGGGUAUCAUCCUUACAGACAUGAAAAAACUAUGGGAAAAUUGUGAAGAUAAAUGAAAGUUUUAAUUCUAGGAUUCUGGAAACAGAGACAGUAAGAGUUCUCCAAGGAUUUUGCCUUUUUUGUUUGUUUUUGAGAUGGAGUCUCGCUCUUGUCGCCCAGGCUGGAGUGCAGUGGCACGAUCUCGGCUCCCUGCAACCUCCGCCUCCUGGGCUCAUGUGAUUCUCCUGCCUCAGCCUCCCCAGUAGCUGGGAAUACAGGCACCCACCACCAUGCCCGGCUAAUUUUUGUAGUUUUAGUAGAGAUGGGGUUUCAUCAUGUUGGCCAGGCUGCUCUCGAACUCCUGACCUCAGGUGAUACAUCAGCCUGGGCCUCCCAAAGUACUGGGAUUACAGGCAUGAGCCACCACACCUGGCCCCAUUUUUUAUUUAUUACAAAAUCAAAGACAUGGGUGAUGCCUGGCACAUGUUGUCUGCAGUCUGGCACACUGGUUAUCAACAGCAUAUUCAAUGUAUUCAGUUAUGUCAUUAUUUAUUUUUGAGACAGAAUCUGUCACCUAGGCUGGAGUGCAGUGGCGUGAUCUCAGCUCACUGUAGCCUCUACCUCAUGGGUUCCAGUGAUUCUCCUGCCUCAGCCUCCCAAGUAGUUGGGUCUACAGGCACGCACCACCACACCCAGCUAAUUUUUGUAUUUUUAGUAGAGAUGAGGUUUCACCAUGUUGAUCAGGCUGGUCUUGAACUCCUGACCUCAAGUGAUCCACCCACCUCAGCCUCCCAAAGUGCUGGGAUUACAGGUGUGAGCCACUGCACCUGGCGGUGAUGUCAUUCCUUACUGGGCUUCCAAAGCCACUGCUGUGGCCACAGCUUCCAUGGAGACAGGCAAGCUGAGCCUCUAUGUGGCACCAAUUCCUGCAGCUGUUUGUGUUGGAGGGAAAAAAAUCCAAAUGGACAUCAACAGCUUUCAUCAACUAAAUAACCACAGAAAAUAUUUAUGAAGACUAUAAAGCAAUGAUUACUUUUGAAUUGGAAAGGAAUCACUAUUGUUUGAAAUGUUUCUUCAAAAGUGAGCAUCUGGACAGGAACCAUCAUGGAUGCUGAGGCCACGGAUGAAGGCCUACUCGGGAAGAUGAUAUCCUCGCAGUCUCAAAACGGUACCCCACAAAGGUGAUAUCCUAAUUUACAAAGGGAAAAAGGUACCUUAAUCUGAAAUCUGGCAAAUGCAGCCUCAACAGAAGUGACAGAAUUGAACAUCGCCAAUAAUGGGACACAUAGACAUCACAUGCCCUCAGUCUGAUGCACCACGGAGUUGUCUCUGAUGUAUUCUUGUCAAAAAAUGUUUGCCUGAUUCUAAUCAUGAAGGAACAAUGAGAAAAAAUCCAAAUUGACAGAUAUUCUGCAGAAUAAAUGGCCUGACCUCAUCAAAAACAUCAAUGUCAUGAAAAACACAAAACAUUGCAGAUAGCGUGAAAUUAAAGAUUACAGAGAUAUAACUUAAUGCAAGAUCUUUGACUGGAUCCUAGACUGCAGGAAAAAGUCUGCUAUAAAGAACAUUUGGAUCACUUGUAGUAGCUGGGAAAUAAAACAAAACAUUAUUUGUAAAAGGGGGGAAAUCUGAACAUGGGUCUUGCAGUAUUUAUGACAGUUUUUGCUGGGCACAGACUUCUAGAUUGACAGCUGUUUUAGUACUUUCAAGGUGAUGCUCUGUCUGCUGGUUUGCAUUGUUUCUGAGUUAAGAGCUUGGCAGAACACAGAGUUGCAGUAGCCAAACACUGGAGAAAGCUGGGCCCUACAGAAACUUAACACUGAAGAAACCUCAGGAGCCAAAGUGGUGGAGAAAACAAAGAGUCCUCCCUCUCUCCCUUUUCAAAUAAUGAUCAUACAUCUUCAAGCUGUCUGAAAUGGUUAAGGAGUUCAGUCUGUCGUCAGGGACACACCAGAGCCACCUAGCCCACACAGACCCCAUCAAAGCAAAACAGACAAGAGAAUUUAAUUCAUAUCCACAUAGAAAGGACUUCUAGGUAGCAGGUAGACCCUUUAGCUCCCUUCCAAUUAAAGGAAUCCUCAAUUCUGGCACCUGAGAGUCCCCUGGGUCUAACAGCUGUGAUAUUUAUGUAGUGUGUUGCUUACCUAAAUGAAUGCAAUUUCCUUCCAGACACGUGACACUGAUAUUAAAGUGCUAAUGAGAGGGAUCUAUUUCUUCUUGUACAAGCUAAAAGAGAAACGGUAGUUCAGAUUUCCCAUCAGAAGUCCGAUGACUUUGUUCUUGAUAACUACUACCAAUAAAAAUUGAGUAUUUGAAAAA